AUGAAGCUCCUGAGUCGACUAUGGUUCGUAUACUUGGCUGCUGUUAGGACUGCGACAACCAAGGUGCAACAGCUUGGGGAUCAAACGCAAGCACAAAAGCUUUCACCUUAUUUGAAUCCGGUGCUAUCGUAUCAAACAGCCAUGACCAAAUACAACUCCGUGGCGAAAAUUGCUAACGCUUUUCGUAUACCGAUGUGUUCGAGAAAGUACAUCGACUGCACUGAUGUGCUCGAAUCGGAGACGGAAGAGGGCGAAGCUGUCGAGGUUGUCAAGAGGCUCACGGAACGCCAGUCCAAAGUAGUAGCCUAG